CUGGGGGUCACAGCUUAAACCCAUUACAGCUUAGUCAGCUGCUCAUGAAAAAAAGUGACAGAAGAAGACAGGACAGAGCAAGAGACAGACAGACUUUGUGAAGAAAAAUACAGUUUAAGAGAAGCAAAUUACUUCAGACUAAACAUUUAAGAUGGGUGCCAAUGAGGUUAUUGCAACAAGUGUGAUGUUUGUGGUUGUGUGUCUACUGAGUACAACUCCUCCAUCUCUAGCAGUCUACAGCAAUGGAGAAUGUACCUUCAACACUAAAGGGAGCUGUGAAUAUCAGGGUCAGGUCUUUGGUAUCGGUGACAGCUGGAUUACUAAUGACUGCUACCACUGUGUGUGCAUGGAACCCUUUGGAGUUGGUUGCUGUGAUCACAAUCCACAGCCAGUAGAUUAUCCAGACUGGUGCGAGGUCAUCAGAAAGCCUGAUUCGUGCGUCAGCGUGGUUGUGAUGAAGGCUAAUCACAAGUUUCCAUGUCUCUAUGGGAAAUGGGGGAAACAUCCAGACACUUGGAAAACUGAAAAUGACCCAAUAUUUAAAUUAAUUAUGUAAUAACCUAUUUUUUGUUGUGCAAUUAAUUUAAAUAAGGAAUUAGAUAUCAUAAAAUAAUAUGUGGUAAACAUCCUGUAAUAUACAGUAUAUACAUAUCUGGAGCAGAUACAGUAAUUCCAAGUAUCUUCACAUUAACUAAUUUCUACUAAAGAUCUCAUCCAAAGAUCUAUUAAGACUCAGAGUAUAUAAUUAGUACGCUUAAUUAAUUUGGUUGUUAGUUAUACUCACAUUACGCUUAUGAUUGUUUUGUUCAUAAUUCAUGUCUGUUCAU